ACCUGUUUUGCUGAUGGCUGUGCAAUGUGCGGAGGUACCCUGAUUAACAGGAAGUAUGUGAUGACCGCUAUGCAUUGUGUGAAGAGUAGCGGAGUUACCGCUAGAAGUGCAUUGGUCAAAAUUGGAGAAUUUAGUCUGAACUCAGCCAUUGAGACAAUUCCACAACAGAAUAUCCCAGUUGCCCAGAUUAUUGAGAGAGACGAUUACGAUGAGAGUAGGAUUAACAACGACAUUGCACUGCUUCGUCUGUCCACUGAUGUUGUGUUUAAUGACAACGUUGUACCUGCCUGUCUGCCUACUGACCCUAACCAGCAAUACGUUGGCCAGCAGGCCAUAGUCUCAGGUUGGGGAACAACUUCAUCUGGAGGAUCAACCAGUAAUCUUCUCAAGGAAACUACAGUCAAGAUUGUGGCAAACUCAGAUUCAACUUGUCUAGGACCGUAUGGAAAUAUCGGAAGCACAAGAAUGUGUGCAUACACAGCCGGAACUGAUAGUUGUCAGGGCGAUAGUGGUGGCCCGCUGGUUCUGAAGGAGGAUGGGAGAUAUACAGUAGUAGGUGUAGUAUCCUAUGGGAAUGGAUGUGCUCGGGCUAACAAUGCUGGAGUAUACGCCAGGGUCACCAACUAUCUCUCCUGGAUUAACGAAAAUGUCGCGGAUGGAUGGUGUUCAGGAACUAAUCCAACUGUUGCUCCAACAACAGCUGCUCCAACAACAGCUGCUCCAACAACAGGUGGUGCCUGUGAUCUCACAUGUAUUGGAGACUUUACUGGAAACUAUCUUUUGAAUGGAUUACCUGCUACUUGCAACCUUGGCAUCUGCAGUUCUACAGAUGGAACUGAUCUUUGCAGUGCUCUCAGGUUUCCUUGUGGUACACCAACAACAGCUGCUCCAACAACUGCUGCGCCAACAACAGCUGCUCCAACAACAGCUGCUCCAACAACAGCUCCUCCAACAACAGCUCCUCCAACAACAGCUCCUCCAACGACAGCUGCUCCAACAACAGCUGUGCCAACUUCAGCUGCUCCUGUCAAACCCGGGAAACUUUGCAAUCUGAGAUGUGUGAACCGCAAUCUUAACGGAAAUUAUUUAAUAAAUGGAAUUCCUGCAAUCUGUAGAAGGGGACGGUGUCGCGCAACAGAUGGUUCUCAUCUGUGCAAGCAACUUGGAUUCCCGUGCAGAAGAUAAAACAUGGUGAUAGUUUUAGAGUUUAAGAUCAGAGUCCAUUUUCUCCAAUAUUAUUUCAAUCUAUAACUAUUUUGCGAUUAAAAGAACAAACUAAACAGCUU